AUGCCUCAUAUGUUGGAACAUUCGACGAUGUCUCCGCAGCAACAGCAACAACAACAACAACAGCAACAGCAGCAGCAGCAAGCAAAUCAGCAGCAACCCCCUCCCCCUUUACCACAUGGUAAUGUUAUAACACAACAAAUGAAUACGCCAGCGGCAGCAGCAGCCGGUCAAAUGUCGGCUUCGAAAUCGACAUUGUCUUCGAAUUUACCGCCCCAGCAACAGAUGACACAACAGCUGGUGCUUCUUUUGCAUGCCCAUAAAUGUCAGCAGCGUGAACGAUCAGGAGACAACGUAAAUGGCCGAUCUACAUGUACUUUACCGCACUGCGCAACGAUGAAGGACGUUUUACAGCAUAUGACAUCGUGCAGCAGUGGACGCGCUUAUGCUCAUUGCGCAUCUUCACGACAGAUCAUAUCUCACUGGAAAAAUUGCGUACGUGAUGACUGUCCGGUAUGUAAACCGUUAAAAAGCAUACAGAAUGUGCCAGCACCCGAUCGACGCACUGUUUCUGGCUCCAGUGAGUUUUUUAUCUCUCAUUGUGACUAUUUCAGCUGUAUUUUGUUUUAUUUCUGUUUCAGUUAUUUUUGCUGAAA